UUACUACCUAUAGCACAAAUAGUAUAUAACAACAAAACAUUAGAAUUAAUAAGUAAAAUACUGUUUUUCGCUAACUACGGACAACAUCUAAAUUUCUUUACUAGAAUAUACCUAAGUCUGAAAAUAGAAGUAGUAAUAGUAAUAGCUAAAUAA